AUGUCAUUCAACGCUGGUACACUGAACAUUUUGCACUUAUUCAAAAUAAAAUCCAUUAUGUACUUCCUUAAGUAUUUCAUUGUUGUACUGGUAGCCCUGUCAUUGAUGAUUUGCAGUGGACAGGCUGAUCCGAAAAUUCCUGUCAAAAGUCUGAAGAAGGGUGGGAAAGUUAUUGCCAAAGGCUUUAAAGUUCUCACCGCAGCGGGAACAGCCCAUGAAGUCUAUAGCCACGUGCGUAACCGUGGGAAUCAAGGUUAAUUACAAACUACCUUAGAAACAACAUAAACUUACAAAUCAAUAAUGUUUUUUUUUGUUUUUAAAUAAAUAUUAUAAAGGUAUCA